GUUUAAUUACCACUUGUGCUCCGACCGGCCACUGUUACUGUCGCCGCGGUGUGAUCAUGAGUUUCAAGGAUAAAAUCGUGUUGGUGACCGGCGCUAGCUCCGGCAUUGGAGCCGCAACUGCUGUCCUCUUCACCAAAGAAGGCGCCAAUGUUAUCAUCGUAGCUAGAAACGAAGCUAAACUGCUCAAGGUUCAACAGGACUGCGCCAAAGUUGGAAACAAACCUUUAAUCAUCAAGGCUGAUGUUGCUAAAGAUGAUGACCUUAGAAGAAUCAUCAAAGAUACGAUCAACAAGUACAACAGACUGGAUGUAUUAGUCAAUAACGCAGGUAUUGUGAGAAUUGGUAAGAUCCUUGAUGGGAAAGUGACAGAAAUUUACGAUGAAAUCAUGAACGUGAAUGUUCGCGCGGUAGUCCAACUGACUGCGCUGGCUGCUCCUUAUUUGCUCAAGACUAAAGGUAAUAUUGUUAAUGUGUCGAGUAUUUCUGGGAUAACAAUUAACAAUGCAGAAAUGGGUAUAUAUUGUUCAUCGAAAGCGGCAUUGACUCAUUUCUCAAAAGCAACGGCGUUGGAGCUAGCUCCUCAUGGCGUUCGAGUCAACAUCGUCAGUCCUGGGCCUGUCUACACGGACAUACUCGACAAUGCAGGCAUCACGCAGGGCUUCGAAAAGGUUGGCGUAGUCACUGCGUUGAACAGAAUCUCUGAUCCUGAAGAGAUAGCAGAUUUGAUCGUGUACCUUGCCAGUGAAAAGGCUAAAGGUAUUACUGGGUCGAAUUAUGUGGCCGAUAAUGGUAUGCUUUUAAUGAAAUAAAAAUGGAAAAGAAAUGCUUAAAUGUCUUUCUAAAAAGGUGCAUAAAAAUCAAUUUUGAGUGUUUCUUUCUCUCUCCUUAAAACUCUUUUUAUCCGAUUUCGAUGUAUGAGGAAAUUGAACACGCAACAAGGAAUCAAGCCCACGACGAACGUCAUUUAAUAUAUUUUUUUCAUAUUAUAUUAACCCUAAGAUAAUGCGUUUUAUUUAUACAUAAGCUGCAUCUCGGGGCUUGACCCCUGCUAUAAUAUCGAGAUAACAAGUACAAAGCACCCUAUACCUAUAUGUAGUAUAGGGUACUUUUUAUCCCGAGAACUACAAUUAAUAGGAUAUAUAAUAUACCUAUUACUUACCGCUUAAAUUCAAAUUUCUUUAUUCAAUUUAGGAUGAUAUACAUCAUUUAUUGACGUCAAAACUCAUGUAAAUAAAUAAUUCUGUUCAUUUUUACAAUUAUUAUGUAAUACAGUAGAAUUUCAAAAAUACAAUAUUUAAUUAACGAAAACAAUUGAAGUUGGUUUAAUUUUGCCAUACAAAAUACUACAUUUACUUGUUUAACUUUAAGUUAUUACUUUUAUAAAUAUUGGUUACUCAUAAAAAAUACUAUGAUUUAAUAAUAAUAAAUUGAACCUGGAAGUAUGUAAACACAUGGUAAUUUUGAUAUCUUUAAAAAUUGUGUAUAUAUAAUCUCACAACAUAGUGACCAAUAGAGUUGUCGAUGUCCACGUGAAGUAGACGCGCAACGGCUGGGAUACAACCGGGAAAACGCUCAGAUGAAACAGAGAGAUCAAGAGAGAGUAAAACAUAUUACAGAAAUUAUUUUGUAAAAAAUAAUUGAAAUACUUACUUUAUACUUAUAUUGUAUCAAAAAUGCCACUGAAAAUGUAUUUCCAUGUAAGUAUAUACAUUUUUGAAUGAAAAUACUAAUAAUUCAGGUCAUUAAUUGGCGGUGAACUCACAAAGAAAUCAGGUUUAACAAGGUGCACCGCCAUACGAAGGUUGUAUUGCGACACACAUUAGAUUUUAGCUUCAGUAUCAUGCAGUCGUGUGCCGUUCAUAUCAAAGCAGGAAAGCAUUGCGGUAACUUGUAUUUAUUUUCAUUUCAAAUUGUUUUUUUUUUUAAAUAGACUACUAACACUGGAGUAAUUCUCGUUCAGCCGGUGUUAAAAAUCAGAUUAUCGAAAACGAGAACAACAAUGAGAUUUGAAAAUAAAGUAGUGAUAGUGACAGGAGCAGCGUCCGGUAUAGGGGCCGCUACAUCGAAACUAUUUGCUAAGAAGGGGCCAAUGUGGUUGCUGUCGACUUGGACGGAGAUGCUUUGUGUCGUGUCUUACAAUGCUGCAACAGCUACAGGAACGGUAGUGACGUUAACGGACACACUACGCAAGAAAAUGCCAAACAAAAUGGAACGAAUAAUGGUGAUCCAAUGCAUGGUCAUUCCAUAAUGAUCAUCGCUAAUGUGGCUAAAGACGAUGACACUAAACGUGUAAUAGAAGAAACUAUACAUACAUUUGGAAAGCUAGACGUUCUUGUCAACUGCGCGGGAAUCUACCGAGAUGGGACAAUCAUUGACGGGUCUCUCUUAAAGACAUACGACGACGUUUUGAAUGUAAAUCUUCGAGCUGUAGUCCAACUGACAACUUUGGCUGCACCACAUCUGAUGAUGACUAAAGGGAAUAUAGUGAACAUAUCGAGUAUCAAAGCGAAGGCGAUCAGCACGUCAUACGCAUACGAUAUAUCUAAAGUCGGGAUAGAACAUUUUACUAGACGAGCAGCGUUGGAGUUCGGACCGUUUGGUGUUAGGGUGAAUGCUGUGCGCCCUGGCCCUGUGAGGACUGGAAUCAUUAAGAAUUCUGGAUUGGACAUUGAUAUUGAAGACUGGACGGCUAUGACUGCUUUGGACAGGAUGUCAGAUCCUGGAGAGAUUGCAGAACACAUUCUGUUCAUUGCUAAUGAUAAAGCUAAAGGCAUUACUGGCUCAGUUUUUACACACGAUAAUGGAACGCUUGUGAAAUAUGGCGCUUAAGAAACACCAUACUGCGUUUAACUUUUAAUUGUAUAUUUGCAUGAUAUUUUAAUUUUGUAUUGUUUGAAUCUGAAGUUUAGUUUAUUUACUUACUAUGAUUUUUUUUUAGUUACAUUUGUCUGGGUGUCUAUGGCCAAAUAAAUCGUAGAUGAGACUAAUAUCCCCGAAAGUCGCAACUAGUAGUAAAUCGCAAAUCAAAAUUGUGAAAUUAAGAAAAAGUUACUUAAAUAUAAGUAGUACGUAAGAAAUCACCGCCUAAGCUUUGUUGUCUUUAUUUUUAUACAUAAUGAAUUAAUAAAACAAGUUUGUUUUA